GUGCCUCGAGGACCUUGUGCUCGCCGUCUUCCACCACGCCAUCAUGGACCCCAACGCCGUCAAGGAGGAGCUGCGCCUGUUCCAGAGCACUCUGCUCCAGGACGGUCUGAAGGAGCUGCUGAACGAGAACAAGUUUGUGGACUGCACCUUGAAGGUGGGCGACCGCAGCCUCCCCUGCCACCGGCUCAUCAUGGCCGCCUGCAGCCCGUACUUCCGGGAGAUCUUCUUCACGGAGGACGGGAAGGAGGUGGAGAACACCAAGGAGGUGGUCCUGGAGGACGUCAACCCCGUCGUCCUGGACAUGAUCAUCCAGUACCUCUACUCCGCCGAGAUCGACCUCAGGGACGACAACGUCCAGGACAUCAUCGCCGUGGCCAACAAAUUCCAGAUCCCGUCCGUCUUCACCGUGUGCGUCAACUACCUCCAGAAGAAGAUCUCCACGGGCAACUGCAUGGCCAUCUUCAGGAUGGGUCUGGUGCUCAACUGUCCCCGGCUGGCCGUCGCCGCCCGCGACUACAUCGCCGACCGCUUCCAGCUGCUGCGCAACGACCAGGAGUUCCUCAAACUGGCCGCCCACGAGCUCUUCGCCGUCAUCAGCGGCGACGCGCUGAACGUGGAGCGCGAGGAGACGGUGUUCGAGACCGUCAUGGCCUGGGUGCGCUACGACAAGGAGAAGCGCGUCAAGGUCCUGAAGGACGCCUUCGACUGCGUCCGCUUCCGCCUGCUGCCCGAGAAGUACUUCAAGGAGAAAGUGGAGGGCGACGACCUGGUCAAAGCCGACCCCGAGCUCCAGAAGACCGUCCAGGCCGUGCGAGACGCCUUCAAGGGGAAGCUCCCGGAGACCCCCGCCAAGAAGGACGGCGAGGAGGACGAGGGCGGAAGCCCCUUCCCCGGUUUCCUGAACGACACGCGCAGACUCGGCAUGUACGCGCGGGACUUUAUCCUGAUGGUGAACGACUCGGCGGCGGUGGCGUACGACGUCAGCGAGAACGAGUGUUUCCUGGCCGCCAUGUCGGAGCAGGUGCCUCGCAACCACGUCAGCUUGACCUCGCAGAACAACCAGCUCUACAUCAUCGGGGGUCUGUUUGUGGACGAGGAGGACAAGGACGCUCCUCUGCAGUGUUACUUCUACUCGCUGGAUGCCCUGCUCUCAGAGUGGGUGGCACUGCCCCCCAUGCCCUCGCCCCGCUGCCUCUUCAGCAUUGGCGAGAGCAACAAUCUUCUGUUUGCCGUGGCAGGGAAAGACCUGCAGACCAGCCAGUCCCUGGACUCUGUCAUGUGCUACGACAUCCAGAAGCUGAAGUGGAGCGAGACUAAGAAGCUUCCUCUCAAGAUCCAUGGACACGCGAUUGUGUCCUACAAAGACCUGGUCUACUGCAUCGGUGGCAAGACUGAUGAGAACAAAGCUCUCAGCAAGAUGUUCGUGUACAACCACAAGCAGUCCGAGUGGAGAGAGCUGGCGGCCAUGAAGACGCCCAGAGCCAUGUUUGGCGCCAUCAUCCACGACGGCAAGAUAGUGGUGGCGGGCGGCGUGAACGAGGGAGGCCUCAGCGCCUCGUGUGAAUCCUACAACUUUGCAAGCAACAAGUGGGAGCCCUUCGCAGAGUUCCCUCAGGAGAGGAGCUCCCUCAACUUGGUGACCGCCGGCGGCGCCCUGUACGCCGUGGGAGGCUUCGCCAUGAUCCAGAUGGAGAACAAGGAGGUGGCUCCCACGGAGGUGACGGACGUCUGGCAGUACGAGAGCGAUAAGAAGCAGUGGAGCGGCAUGCUGAGGGAGAUGCGCUACGCCGCCGGAGCUUCUUGUGUGUCCAUGCGUCUCAACGCAGCCAGGAUGCCCAAACUCUAGACAGCCGUUUGAUCUCCAGCAUCCUCCUCACAUCUCUAGGAGCCAACUUGAUCUUCAGCAUCCUCCUCACAUCUCUAGGAGCCAACUUGAUCUUCAGCAUCCUCCUCACAUCUCUAGGAGCCAACUUGAUCUCCAGCAUCCUCCUCACAUCUCUGGGAGCCAACUUGAUCUUCAGC